AUGUACCUUCAUCCGCAACGCCUCUCGCCGCUGCGACCCUCGCGCCUCGGCGUGCUCACGUUCAACGUGGCUGGCUACAUGAUCCUCACAGCACCGCUCUCUGCCAUGGACACCAUCGCGCCGCAGAACUUCGGAGCCGGCAACGCUGUGGGGGAUCUUCGCAAGAUCACAUUCUCGGUCAUGGCUGCUGUCCUCGUUGCCCUCAUCCGAUGGCGGGUGCCGCGUGCCGCCGCCGCCUGGCCGCGUGCGGAGGGGCGAGCGGUCCUGUUCGACCGAAAAGCGUGGAGGUACUUCCUGGCCACCUCUGUUGCCUCCCUCUUCUCGCUCACCGAGUGGCUCUUCUGGGAGGCUGUCUGCUUUCGCGUCGGCGCGCUGGGAACGAUCCCGCUCUCAGCCUAUUCUGUCGGCUACAGCCUCGAGCCGUGCCUCUUCAUGCUCGCCAUCGGCCUCUCGACGGCGCUGACCAACGCGGGUCCUGGCCGCGGCGGCAGAGAUGUGGCCGUCGUGGUUCAUGUUUCUGCUCAUCGCCGGCACCUUUGCGCUGCUGCUCGGCCUCGCUAA